ACCGUUGACGUGGCGCAUUCUAAUUGAUCUUCAGCACGUCCCGCCUCCGCACAGAAUAAUUUAUCCAAAAAUUCUCUGUUAAGAUAAAUUAAUCCUAUAAUUCUAGACAAAAUCCUUGCAUUAUUGUAUUAUUAUUGCCUAAACACGCAUCACCAUUCUAAUUGUGUUUCUUAUAGUAUACUUUCUUCCUCCAAUUAGUCAACUCUUUACUCUCCUUCUUCCUCCUCUCCUUCAUUAAAUGUUGGGAUGCGAAACAAAUACACAAUUGAACUUCUUUAUCCAAUGAAACUUUCACGGCAUUCCCGCCACCACUGCCUAUUGAACUCGAAGCAGGCAUCCAGGAUUGCUAAAGCUCCAGGUUGUUCCAGGCUUUCAUCCAAAUUGCUGGAAGCAGCUUUUUAAAAAAAGGGUCAUAAACCAUGAUCAUGCUUAGAAAUCAACAACAGCCAAACAAUAACAAUGGUAACUUCCAUUUCUUCUUUCUAUCAUUCUUUGUCAUCUCCAUCCUCUUCUUAUUUCCUGUUCCCAGUCAUGGCUGCUCACAAACGGAGAGAGGUUCUCUACUUAAUUUUCGAUCAAACCUUACCUUUAGUUUCAAUAAUACUAUUCUUACAUCAUGGGUUACCAAUGACGAUUGCUUCAAGUGGGAAGGGAUAUCUUGUGAUGACAAUGAAUUUGUUGCUGUCCUCAGUUUGCCCAUUAAUGGCCUCGGAGGUAGAAUCUCCAAUUCUCUUGCAAGUCUGUCCCAACUCACUCAACUAAACCUCUCAUAUAAUCGGCUCACCGGCGACCUCCCCACUGAAAUUCUUUUGCUGCCAAGUCUUGUCACCUUGGAUGUCAGCUUCAACCAUUUAUCCGGUGAACUGUCGAGGCCGCCAUUAGGGAACUACUCCCUGCGGGUACUUAACAUGUCCAGCAAUUUUUUCACAGGCCCUUUCAUUAGUUUGGGUAAUCUUGCUAGAUUUCUUAUGGUACUAAAUAUAAGCAACAACAACUUCUUUGGUCCAUUUCCCUCCUCUAUUUGUAGCCUAUCACAGGAACUCAGGGCCAUGGACCUGUCUCACAACCAAUUCGAAGGUGAGAUUCCCCCAGGACUAGGAAGUUGCUUGUUCCUGACAGAAUUUCAAGCAGGUGUAAAUAAUUUGACGGGGCCAAUCCCAAAAGAUCUCUUUGAUAUGACCUCUCUGAAGAUCCUUUCCCUGCCAUUUAAUCUGCUCUCAGGGAUUCUUGAUGGCACACUUAUAACCAAACUGUUGAAUCUAGCCAUUCUUGAUCUUAGUAGCAAUCUUCUAAGCGGUGAAUUGCCAGCCUCAAUCAGCCAAAUGCCAUUGCUAGAGCAACUGAUCUUACAUGAUAAUCAGCUUAAUGGUGUACUGCCUCCAGAAUUAUCCAACUGUACCAAUCUUAAGAUUCUUAAUCUCAGAUAUAAUAACUUCAAUGGUAAUUUGGCAGUAGUUAACUUCUCCAGCCUUUCCAACCUUAACAAGCUUGAUUUAGGUAACAAUAACUUCACUGGAGAGAUACCAAAGAGUUUAUACUCAUUGAAGUCUCUGAAAGCAUUAAGGCUGGCUAGGAACUCCUUGAAAGGAGAGAUUGAUCCAACUAUGUUGGAGCUGCAAGCUCUAUCCUACCUUUCUCUAUCCAGUGAUGGCCUAAGGAACAUCACAACUGCACUCCAGAUCCUCAAAGAUUGCAAGAAACUCACUGCUAUGAUACUUGCGAAGAACUUCUUUAAAGAGGCCAUGCCAACAGAUGAUAAGUGGGAGAACAGGUACUUCCAAAAUCUUCAGGUGCUGAGUCUAGCUGGUUGUAAGCUGACCGGCCAAGUACCUCUCUGGUUAUUCAAUCUCAGCAAACUCUUGGUCCUGGAUUUAUCUGACAAUCAUCUCACAGGUCCAGUCCCUGCAUGGUUGGGCUCCUUGCCAUACCUUUUCUAUCUGGACUUGUCAGGGAACCUUCUCUCAGGAGAGAUUCCACCACAAAUUACAGGAUUGCAUGCACUGAUGGUGGAUAAAUUUGAAUUCCGGAUUGAUCAAGGUUUUCUUGACCUUCCAGUGUUUAUCAGACCUGAAAAAGGAUCGGGCCUGCAGUACAAUCAGCUCACAGAGCUUCCACCUGCAAUAUACCUUCGAAACAACACCCUACAUGGCACGAUACUUCCACAAAUUGGCCAGUUGAAGAAUCUCCACGUACUGGACCUCAGCCACAACGAAUUCUCAGGCAUCAUACCAGUGCAGCUCUGCAAUCUCACCAACUUGGAAAAACUAGACCUUUCCACCAACAAUCUCAGUGGCAUGAUCCCUUCCUUGCUGAAUAGCCUACAUUUCCUGGCUUCGUUCAAUGUAGCUUACAAUAAUUUAGAGGGGCCAAUUCCAUCAGGUGGGCAGUUUGAUUUAUUUCCGAUCUCCAGCUAUGAAGGAAACACUAAACUCUGUGGAGCGCUUCUGCAAAAUUGCUCCAACCAGUCAAGAAAUGAAUUUCCUUCAAAUACAAAACAUAUGAAUAAGAAAAUCAUACUAAGCAUGGCAUUUGGAAUCUCUUUUGGGGGAGCAUUCAUCCUUAUAGUUUCUAUUCUCAUCAUAUGCUAUAUAAUGAAAGCUCAGAAAAAAGGACAAAAUGAAACCAAGUUAAAGUCCAAUGCAAGUUCAACAAGAUCAGCUCCCAACCUUCCUCCCAGUAAUUCCAUAUUCGUCAUGGUGCCAAAUCCAGAAAACUCUUCCACAAAGAACCUUGUUAUGUCAGACAUAUUGAAGGCUACAAAUAAUUUUGACCAAGAAAGCAUCAUUGGUUCCGGGGGCUUUGGGAUGGUUUACAAAGCUACACUUUCGGAUGGCUCUAAGCUUGCAAUCAAGAGACUGUCCGGUGAAAUAUGCCUAAUGGAAAGGCAAUUCAGGGCAGAGGUGGAGUCCCUAUCAAGCGCCCAACACAAGAAUCUGGUGUGUCUGCAGGGUUAUUGUAAGCAUGGAAGUUCAUGGCUAUUAAUCUAUUCAUAUAUGGAGAAUGGUAGCCUUGACUACUGGCUGCAUGAGAGGGUAGAUGGUAAUUCAGUGCUCGAUUGGCCUACUAGGCUGAAGACUGCACAAGGUGCCAGCCGGGGCCUGUAUUACAUCCACCAGACCUGCGAGCCCCACAUUGUUCACAGGGGCAUCAAGUCCAGUAAUAUUCUCCUUGAUGAAUACUUUGAGGCACAUGUUGCGGAUUUCGGAUUGUCUCGCUUGAUCCUUCCUUAUGCCACACAUGUGACAACUGAGGUUGUAGGCACACUUGGCUACAUCCCACCAGAAUAUGGGCAAGCCUGGGUAGCCACAUUGAGAGGGGAUAUGUACAGCUUUGGUGUUGUCCUCCUAGAGCUCCUCACUGGAAGGCGGCCAGUUGAACUGUUCAAGUUCAAGGAUUCAUCAGGACUUGUGGUUUGGGUGAAUCAAAUGAUACAUAAAGGAAAGCAGAGUCAGGUCUUCGAUCUUCUGCUUAAAGGAAAGGGGUUUGAGGACCAAAUGUUGAGGGUUCUUGAUGUUGCUUGCAUGUGUGUACGUGAUAAUCCCCUUAAAAGGCCCACAAUUGGGGAAGUAGUAGUUUGGCUAGAAAAUGUUCUCUCGGGCUUGAUUGUGCAAAAGAAAAGAGUUGAGGUUUUGUCCAUGCAGAGAGAAGUCACAAGCAAUAAAGAAAGAAGGGUGAUUCAAGAUGUCAACGUUCGAGCAGAUUCAUUUGCUUAUUUUGUUUUUAGAGUUUUUGUUAAAGGAAUUUAUCCUCUUAUUCUUUGAAUUUCUAUAGAAAAAAAAAGUACUCCAAAAUUUUGGUGAGAUCUCAUUAAUCCCUUGUUAGUUUUGUGAGAAGAGAAAUUAAGCAAUGUUACAAAUCUUCUUAAUUUGUUCCGUCCAUAUUUGGAUAGUGAAAUUAUACGUGCCUUCUCGCCUUUUGGUAUGAAGGCCCAUCUUAUAGAAUCACAUAAAUACUAGUGAUUUUGUCUUUCUGUAUGCUUUAUUGUUUCAUAUCCUAGUUGUGUGUGUAGUGCUAACUUUAUUUCACCUUGAUUAAAUUAGCUUGCUCGCUUUGGUAGUCUUAAAAAGAGAGAUUUGGGCACUUUUUUGGAACAAAUUGGUAUCAAAGCGCAGCCAAUUUAAAUGUAGCAGAUGGAACCAUUAAAACCAUUUGCCAAUACUAUCAAAUAUGAGUUUGAAAAAUUCAUCGAGAAUGAUUAUUUCAACAUUUGAAAAAUGAAGAUAAGGGCAUCUUUGUCCGAGGGCUUCCAUAAAACUUUGAAGGUGAUGGAUUCCCUAACUGGCACGAGUCAGGAGGAAAUGGAUGAGAAAGCUCUUAGUUGGGACAACCUCAAUUUGGGAGAUGAAGUUCUUAGCACUUCAGCAUAUCAAGGUAUUGUAUAAGAGGAA